AUGUCGUUUGGGGAUGAGAUCAAGACGCAUUGGGCGACAUGGAUUGUGCUCUUCUUCGCACAUGGCAUGAAGAACUUGGUGAACCAGGUGGAGAUUGCCUUUGCCAGAUCGCUGGUGUCAUGUGAGGAGCAACUAGCCGAAGGUAUUUACACUGGCUCUCAAUGGUGUGGCAACCGCUUGGAGGUCAUCAAUGUGGGGUACUCAAUCUCACAGCGCGGACAGGCACAAGAAAGCUUUGCAAUGCUGCUAUCAAUUACGAUGGUGGCAGUUUUAGGCUCAGUUUUUGGGCGCAAGGUGGUCCUGCUGAUCGGCCUCUCUGGCACCACGAUCUCGGUGGCUCUGUUUAUGCUGGCUUGUGCUUUUCCAAGCUGGAGUCGACUUCUGUUUGUGAUGGGUCAAGGUCUGCAGGGGCUGUUGCCAAUUGACCACCUCUCCGGGCUCAUCAUUUUCGACAUUUCCGUGAAGGGUGGUGGGAUGGCCAGCUACCAAGUGAAAGGUUUGCUGGACACCAUUGGCAGCCUACUCUGGGGUCCUAUACUGGGAAAUGUUGUGCAAUACUUGGAACUGGUGAACUACCACACUGUUUGGAUGAUCAUAUUUUCCAUCAACGUAGUCGUGCUCAGCAUCGCUUGCUUCGUGAUGCCGGAACCUAUGGACAUGACUCAAUUGAAGAAAGAGGAGGACAAGAAAGACAAGGCUAUAGGGCCGGUUGGAAAGGUGAUGAACGAGGUGAUUUCCUACAGAGAUGUCUACUACAAUCCUUUAUCCUGGCGUUUCCUACUGAUGGUGUGCAUCGAACCUUGCUGGAUGCACUGCAUGGGAAUGAUUCCAAUUGAGCUGAUGGCAUACCAUGGCUGGUCGCAGAGCCGGGUCACAAUGAUGAUCCUGAUCCAGCCUUUGUUUAUCGUUUUCAUGGGACUUGUGCCCAGUUUGUGCCUUAAAGUUGGCUACACCACCAUGAUGACCGUGUCGCUUGUCUACCUCUACAGCGUCUUGAUUAUUCUAAAUUUGUCUAUAGCUUUCUCCGAUCUUCUGCCGGUGAUGAUGCUGGUGGCCUUCACCCUGGUUGGUGGCUUCAUGCCGCUGAAAGAGUACGUUGAUUCUCGAUUUUCCACGCCUGAUGAGAUGGCGCGGUUUAAGAGCGUACAGUGGAUCAUCGGUUAUGUUCUUGGCAUGGCCAUUGGUCCAGUGUAUGCAUCAAUUUUCGAUGCGAAAGGACAGACAUACUUUACACGCGCUGCGCCUAACCUUUUGGCCUGCGUGCUGAUGGUCACACAAAUCCUACAUGUGCGAUACAUCAUGUAUCCCUACAUGAAAAAGACUUUGCACAUAAUGGAUGAGCUUGAGAGCAAGCUCAAACAGUUGUUCCAUGCAGUGAAGAAAGAGGAUGCGCCCUUGGACAAGGAGACUUGGGAAGCUUCUGGCCUCCAGAAAGCCCUGGGCAAAACCAUUGAGGAAGCCCAGGGACCUUUUGCGACCGUUGUUGGCUUUAGAGAAUUUUGUAGAAAAGAGAGUGGAGGGACCAACGCAGAGACCAAGGCUUUCAUCGAAAAACUUGAGACCCUGUUGGCCAGUGCGGCUGAAAAGGAGACCAAGAAAGCAAAGCUAUGGAAAAAUAGACAGCCAUUCUGUAAGGCUUGCCAAGUUCCUGGUAUUGAGAAGCAGUUUUCAUUUGUUGCGCUGGACGAAGAAAACCAGGCCUUGACGGAUCGUUUGAAGGAAGCUGAAGAGGCUCCGGCGCAGGCUCCAGUAGCUCCGCCACCGUCUACUCCUGUUGACAACUCCAUUUUCCUGCAGAUGGAGCGGGGGAAGGAAGAAACCAUCCUGCGGCUCACCAACGAGAAUCGAAAACUUCUCGAGCAGGUGAAGCGAUUGAGCGAAGGCUACAAACAAAUGGAAGAGGCUUUGAUGCAGACUCGCAAGGAGAUGAAACGGGCCCAAAGUCAGGUUCAGACGAAGGAGCCAACUGUGAAACUCACGGGCGGCUCUUCAGCUGGCUCUUCUGUCCUUGAUGAAGAAGAGCGCAUCUAUCGGGAAUUGCAGGGCGAGUCCAUGGGUGACUUGAUCAUGCAGAAGCUUCAAGAGAAGCAGGCUGAGCACAGAGUCAAGAUUCAACAAGCUCUUCAGGCGUCCUUGACUGAAGAGAUUGGCCGAAUCGAAAGCUGGGGAAGUGAUGUCAAAGGAGUCCUUCUCGCAGUGGAUGGAUUGGAGGCCCAACUGAAGCAUCAGCUGAAGGAGCCGAAGUCUGCCAAGAAGGCGAAGGCCGUUGAUGCCAAGGCCAAUGAUUCUCGUAAUUUAAACACCGAGCAGAUCACGGCGGUUUCUGCCCAGCUGUUGGACGAGUUUGACGCCAUGAAAAGCUUGCUGGAAGUGGUGGAUAAGGAACAAUUGUCGCUGGAGCAGACAGUGCGUGCUGCAAACGAUGGUGCCGAGCCAUUGGCUGUGACUUUGGACCUUGACAGCGGCUUGGCAUCUGCUGAAAGUGAGGCGGAAUGGCUGCGUGAGCACAAUGCAGCUUGGGUGAAUCGCUGCCAAAGUUUGAGCUUGCAGCCCAUGCUGGAUGUACUAAUGAGGACUGACUCUGCCUUCACAAAUUUGCUUUCCAAAGCACCGCCUGGUCUGAUGCCAACGAACGUCGAAGAUUGCCUGCAGGAGACGCGCGCGCAUAUGAAGGAGCUGAGCGAGCACCUUCAGGACCAGAUGGCGUCCAUAGCUGACCUGCAGGAAGAGAGCGCGGCCUUGGGUCGAACUGUGAGGUCACUUCAGGCUGCACAGAAGUCCCAUCGUGCCGAGCUGCGACAGAAUGUCUCGGAAUCCAUGAAGAGGAUGGUCGCCUCCUUUGACCAGCCCCUGGAUGACAUGAGAACGGGCUUGCGGCAACAGAGUCAGGCGCUCUCCAAAGCUCGAUCGCAAGUCUCCAAGCUUCUCGACGACCUGGCUGCAACGACUCACCGAGCGGCCUUGGCACAGGGACCAGCCAAAGAUCUGCCCUCAAUAAGCUCCGAAUUACAGGAAUUUAUUAUGUCCGAAAUUCGGCAGGUUCGUUCCAUGGGCAAGAAGCUGGUAACCAACUUGGAGGAGGGUUGCAAGGCGGUGGAAAAGCGCAUGCAUCAGGUCAUUGAGGCUAUUUCUGGGGAAGCUCCGAAGAGUCAAUUGCAUGGAAGGCAAGCUGUCCAGGAUGCAGGAGAAAAGGAAUCCACAGAGGCGAAGAAGAAACACAAAAAGAAGAAAGGCGGCCAUGGGGCCAAGGGUGGAAAUGCAAAUGGGAAAGACGUUGAAGAGGAUUCAAAGACUGAACAAAGGUCACAAAAUGAACCUUCCAAGGGUGAGGCUGGCCUUGAAGACCGGCAGAAGUCUUCUGAGGCAGAAGGGCCUGACAAGGAUGAUGCACAGCUCCGUGCAGAGUUUCAGGAAGCCUUUGAAAGUGCUUCCACUCCAGCUGGUUCGAAAUCUAAGAAGGCUGAGAGGCCAGAGAAGGUGCUGGCCGGCACUGAUUUGCUGCAGGAGCUUGAGUCAUUGAGAUCUGGGACAGAGGCGAUAGAGGCACGCAUGGCAGAAAGGUUGCAGGCCAGGGUGAACCGUGCAGAUGGAGACGAUCCUGAUUCCGUGCGGACCCGCGAUUUUUUUGACGAACAUCCGCUGCGCUUUGGUGCGUUUCUGCUGCUUUGGCUCAGCGAGUCAAAAACUGGUGGACCACCAACGAGAGAAAGUUUCAGUCAGAGCUGCCUGGGUAAUCUCGUGCAGACGCGUGACCAUGACAACCUUCGCGUUGGGAGCUACCCUGUUCCGCCUGAGGCGUACAUUUGGUGGCAAAACCGAUCUCAGGUUCCAGGAGGCGAGAUCAAGCAGACCUUUUCUCACUUUCAGCAGAAGAUCAUGUGGCAAUGGUUCUGGAACGCACCAACUCGUUGGUACUGGUCUUUGCGACGUGCAGUUGUCCGCACGUCGGAGCUUCUUUCCUUGCGGAAGACUUCUGCUCGGGACAACCUUCGCGUUGGGAGCUACCCUGUUCCGCCUGAGGCGUACCUUUGGUGGCAAAACCGAUCUCAGGUUCCAGGAGGCGAGAUCAAGCAGACCUUUUCUCACUUUCAGCAGAAGAUCAUGUGGCAAUGGUUCUGGAACGCCCCAACUCGUUGGUACUGGCGCCUGUCGGCUUGGGCCAACCCCUCGGAAAGAUGUGUGGAAGGUGCAUCUUCGUGUACAAAUCGUGUGAGUGUGACGUAG